UCCGGCUUCCGCCCUGCCUGGGGCCGGCUUCCAAGAUGGCGGCGCCGGAGGAAGACCCGGGCCCGCCACGCCUCUCGGAGCUGCUGGAGCGCGGCUGGCGGCUGGCGGAGGAGGCGGAGGCCGGGGCGGAAGGCCCCGCGGAGCUCCAGCGGAAGGUCCAGGCCGCGCUCGCCCUCCUCGAGCAGGCCCAGCGCGGCGUCGAGGCGCUCCAGCUCUUCAGCGGGAACGAGGAGCUGGAGGAGGUGGCCUCCCUGGACCUGCGCUUCCUGCUGGUCCCGGCGCUGCUGGGCUCGCUGGUGCUGAAGCAGAGCCCCUCGAAGGCCCGCCUGGAGCAGCUGGGGCACGCCCGGGCCCUCUUCCUCCGCUUCCUGCGCCAGUGCAAGGCCUACGGGCUCCUGGGGCCCCGGCAGCGCCUCCCCCUCCACGAGGAAGAAGGGGAAGGAGAAGAGGAAGCAGAGCGGGAAGGGCAAGGGGAGGAACAACGCAGGCCCCCUUCCUCCUCCUCCUCCUCAGACCAGGCCGCCCUCUUGGACAUGGCCGCCCACCGGAGGGAGAAGAUCGACAGGUACAAGGCCAAGAAGGACCUGGAGGCGCAGCUGGAGGCGCUGCGGCCGGCGGUGGAGGAGGGCCGUGCCGAGGAGGAGGCGCUGCGGCACUUCUACCUGCUCCAGAUCCAGAAGUGGGUGGCCGUGGCCCUGGAGGAAGUGGAGGGCAUCGACCGGGAGAGGGCCCUCCUGGAGAGGAGGGGGGCCAUGACGCAGGGUCCGUCCCCGGAGCCCCCCAGCCACCGCCAGAGGCCCCCCGUGAUGAAGCCCUUCAUCCUCACCCGGGACGCGGCCCAGGCAAAGGUUUUUGGGGCCGGCUACCCAAGCCUGGCCACCAUGACGGUGGACGACUGGUACGAACAGCACCGGCGGCACGGGCUCUUGCCAGAUCAGGGCCACAAGCAGCGGCCCUCAGUCGUUUCAGAAGAAGAUUCGCAGCAGCAGGAAGAGGAGAAGAAAGAGGAGGAAGGAGAGGAGGAGGAGGAGGAGGAGGAAGAGGCCCUGCGGAAAGCCCGGCAGUGGGACGACUGGAAGGACUCGCACCCGCGGGGCUACGGCAACCGGAAGAACAUGGGCUGAUGAGCCCUGGAAGGGGACUCGGGAGGGGGAGGCGCAUGGGGGGCCCCUCUUUCCCCCUUACCCUCUCCUUGGGGAGCCCUGGGCGCUUGCCGUUUUGUUAUUUAAGGAGCCCAAUAAAAUGCCUUGCUCUGUUUGUAGGGCCGGCUGCCGA